AUGAAGCUACCGAGGCAGGUGCGGAGAGCCGCAGCUCCUGACCUGUUUGCGCUUCGGCCCUUUCUAAUCUUGCCCCAUGUCUCCGCGUCCACUACGGAGCCGACUGGCACCAGGGCACCUCAGGACCCUGCCCAGAGGCACAGAAAGGUGCACCCCACCACCAUCCUGCUCCGCAAGUCGGAGAGCAGCCAGGCCGCCCUGGUGCCCCAGGAGCACAAGAUGUUCAUGGAGGAAGCCUACAACGCCGCCAUCUGCUUCAAGAUGCUGCGGGAUGCGAGCAGCUCAGACCCGCUGCACCUGAAGUACGUCAUCAAGAAGGUCGCGAACAUGGCCCGGGGGGCCCCAGACUUGGUGCUGGAAACCAUCCAUGACUACUUCAAGGACAACCCGGAGAUCCCCUCCCGGCACACGUUCCGGCUGCUGCAGGUGCUGGAGGCGGUCAUAGGAGCCAGCGACUGCCUGGAGGAGACCUGGGAGAAGUCCUUCAUGGAGCUCGCCCUGGAGAACAUGACCAAGAACACGGAGCUGGAAGACACGUACCAGGACGCGGCCGGCGACGUGCUGGUGGCCCUCUGCAGGCACUCAUGGCGGGCCGUGGCCCAGCACCUGGAGACGGAGCUGCUGACGGGCGUCUUCCCGCACCGCAGCGUCCUGUAUGUCCUGGGGGUGCUGUCCUCCGACGAGGAGCUGUUCACCAAGGAAGACAAGGCAAGCUGGGAGGAGAGGCUGACCCAGAUGGCCACCAAGUCGGUGUCAUUCCUGAACUCCGAAGUGUGGUCCAAGGAGCUGCUGCGGGCGCUCACCAAGCCCAGCCAGUCCCAGAAGGAGCAGUCCCCGGAGAAGGACUUCCUGUUCACCUACUACGGCCUGAUCCUUCAGGCGGAAGAGAGCGGCCUCACCGUCAGGACGCACCUGCAAGGCCUCCUGGAAACCUCCCACCAGUGGCCCAAGCAGAGGGAGGGCAUGGCUCGCACCGUGGGGCUGGCCGCGGCCCGACACCUGGACGAUGUCUGGGCCGUCCUGGACCAGUUUGGCCGGAGCACGCGGGUCAAGUGGAGCCUCCACCUGUUCUCCCUGAAGAGCUCGGAGGACCUGCGCUGGAAGUGGGCGGGCAGCACCAUCCUCCUGGCCUACGGGGAGGUGGCCGCCAAGGCCAAGGCCCACAUCCUGCCCUGGGUGGACAACAUCCUCUCUCGGAUGAUCUUCUACUUCCACCACAGCUCCUGGGACGAGACGCUGAAGCACAGCUUCCUCACGGCCAUGCUGAUGCUGGUGGGGGCCAUCAGCCGGAGCGAGGGCGCCCACAGCUACGAGUUCUCCCAGACCUGCGAGCUCCUGGAGUGUCUGAAGGUGUUGAUGGAGAAGGAGCCGCAGGACGCGCUGUGCACACCGAGCCGCUGGCAGACCCUGCACCUGAUCGCCAGCCUCUGUCAGCUGAGGCCGCCCAUAGGGCUGGAAAGGAAGUCGCGGCUGCUGUCCGUCUGCCUCCGCGCCGUGUUUGCGCUGCCGCCGCUGGACGCCCUGCAGAAGCACUCCUGCCUCUUCCUGGAGCCGCCCGACAUACAGGUGCGCCCCCAGCGCCCGCCCCCAGCCCAGGGGGGCCUCUCCCCGACCCCCAGCCCCCUACACACACACACACACACCUGUUCAGCCCUGCUCAGCCAGACCACGGAGGCGCUGGACGGCAUGCUGCAGGGCUUCCUGGUGCAGAGCCCCUCGGCAGAGGAGCUGCACUUCCUGCUGUCGCACAUGUACAUCUGGAUGGCGUCGGAGAAGGAGCACGAGCGACAGCGGGCCGUGCGCAGCUGCGUGGUCCUCCUCGAGUUCCUGAACCGCAGCCUCCCCCUGGACCCGCAGCAGGGCCUGAAGCGCGCCGGGCAGCUGGCGGGCGUGUUGGGCAUCCUCUGCCAGGACCCGGACAAGACCGUCCAGAGCUGCGGCCUGCAAGGCCUGGGCCACCUCUACCAGCUCCUGCUGCGCCAGAGAAAACCUGAGGCCGCCCCAGCCCUGCCCUGCCCCCCGCCACCUGGAGAAGCCGCUCAGGUUGCAAUCCAGACCCAGAGGGAGCUCCUGCCACCCGGUGUGCAUGGGGGCCCGCCCUGGAGCAGCGCGGACCAGCGUGCCGGCCCCCCGGGCUCCCCGGACAUCAAGGGGCUGAUGGAGCACCUCACGGUGAUGGAGCUCACAGACCUCGCCUGGACGGCCAUCGACGGCCUGGGCUCCCCCAGCCCCCUCCGCGCCCAGGCAGCCGCCCAGAUGCUGUUCUCUGUCAUGAAGGAGCACGGGGCCAAGCUGGAGAGGGUGGCCAACAUGGGCCGUGCCAUCCACCUCCGCCUCUGCUCUGUGCCCGCCUCCCAAGCCAAGGACGCGGCUCUGCAGGCGGUCACCCAGCUGGCCCGCAGCCACACGCCCCAGCUGGUGACUGCCUUCCUGGACUUCUCCCAGCCGCUGGACAGCCACGCCGUCCGCCUGUGGAGGGCCCUGGGGGCGGAGCAGGCCCUGAGCCACAUGGUGCUGAAGGCGCUGCUGGCCUGGCUGAAGGAGCGGCCACUGCCCACCAGGGCCGGCGAGGCCGGGCCCUGCAGCUCCGAGAAGCCCUACCUGCGCUCGCUGGCCGCCAUGAACACACUGCACGAGCUCCAGUUCACCAGGGAGUUCAAGGUCGCCAUGCGGGAUGCCUACCCCCGGCUCCUCCUGGCGCUGCUCACCCAGACGCACUAUGUCUUGGAGUUGAACCUGCCCGCGGAGCCCCAGCCGGGGCAGCAGGCCCAGGAGACGGCGGCGGCCAGUCCCCAGAGCGCUCUGCUUGGCCGCAGCACGUCCGUGGAGGCCCUGAGGAGCCUGCUCUCCACCACGGGGCACUGGCACGACUUCGCACACCUGGAGCUGCAGGACGCUUGGGAGCACUUCGCCUCCAUCCACACCUACGCGAAGGGCGUCGGCCUCCUUGCCAGGGCCAUGGUGGAAAACCAGUGCCCGCAGCUCAAGUCGGUGCUGGGCCAGCUGCUGCCCAGGCUGCAGAGCCAGGAGGAGCGGGAGAGGAAGGCGGCCAUCCUCAUCUUCACUGAGUUCCUCCACAGCCCAGCACUGCUGGAGGUGCUACCCAGACAGGCCGCCCUGAACGUGCUGGCCCGGGGGCUCCGGGACUCCAGUGCAGCCGUGCGCGUGUGUAGCCUGCAAGGCUUUGGCAACAUCCUUUUCCACCCUGAGAAGGGAACCCUGCUCCGCGGGCAGCUGCCGCCCUUCCUCGACGGCUUCUUCCAGAAGAGCGAGCCGGUGGUGGUGCGCGUCAUGGCCACCGUGUCGGACGUGCUGCAUCGCCUGGGCCGGCACGGCGCGGGCGCGCAGAGCCUCGGCGUCGCCAUCAACGCGCGCUCUUUCUUCGACGACGAGCGGGACGGGAUUCGGGCGGCGGCCAUGGCACUGUUUGGGGACCUGGUGGCAGUGAUCACAGGCCAGGAGCCGAAGGGGCUGCGCAGCCAGGUGUACCAGAGCAUGGUGCCCCUGCUCCUGCAUCUGAAGGACCAGUGCCCGGCCGUCGUCGUGCAGGCCAAGUUCGCCUUCUACCGCUGCGCCGUGCUGCUUCGCUGGCGGCUGCAACACACCCUCUUCUGCACGCUGGCCUGGGAGCGCGGCCUCAGCGCCCGCCACUUCCUCUGGACCUGCCUGAUGACGCGCGGCCAGGAGGAGUUCAGCAUCCACCUGGCGCAGGCCCUCAGCUACCUGCACAGCUGCCACCAGCACAUCAGGACCUGGGCUGCGCUCUUCAUAGGUUACACCGUCUGCUACCACCCCCAGGCCGUGGCGCAGAUGGUGAGCAAAGGGGACUCACAGCUGCUGCUGCGAGCCUUCGAAGACCUCAGGGAGGACCCCGAGCCGGGCAUCCGGGAGUUCGCCACCAGCCAGCUGUCCUUUCUCCACAAAGUGUGCGCCAGGCCCCAGUGA